AUGGAUAUCCUUGAAGAAAUCCUGAACGACACAAUUCUCCAUCAAAAUUCUCAACAGUUAGGAACGAUCAUAGAUUUUUCCACCCAAACGAGGAACAAAUCCAUAAUUACGCCUAUAUCAAUUCCAACAGAAAAAAUUGUCCGCUCAAAGCAAAGGGAUGGCUCAUCAUCUUCUGAUGGUGGUUACUCUUCUUCCGCCACACUUUAUAGUCCUGUCAAAAAAAUGCAUCCAUCUAACGCGGAAGAAUACAUCGAAAAAAAUGGCCGCUCUCGUUCUGCUAGUUAUAAAUUCGAUAUAGAUAACGGAAAUUAUCUUGCACAGAAAAAUGGGUAUAAUAAGCUUGAUCGUAACGAAAACCGAAUCAACGAAUCGGGGAAUUAUGAAAGCGAUAUAUUAACUAACGGAAGUACGGAUUUAUCGUUCAAUGCAGAAUUUGAAAGUGGGAAGGAAAUGGUGAGAGACUUUACGGGCAGCUUGGAAUAUUUGAACAACAUCGAUUUCGAGGAAAGAAAUUAUGCUGCCGUAAGUACUAGUAUUACUAAGUCCGAUCUGAAUAAUUUAUUGAUAUCGUCAAAUCUAUUUAAUUUUGAUGAUAUAAUUUCCAAGAGCAAUAGUGCAAGGGAUCAUGAUAGCAGACGAUACGAUAAUUCGCAAAAUAAUGUACCUGAACAAAAGCCCGAAGUAUUUCCUUUGGAGAUUCCAGUCAAUCAAUCACAUGCCGUAAAUCAAAUUAUCACUACACUCAACCAGCACGACGAGGAUAAUGAAAAUAUGAAAGUCUUAAACCAUGCAUUCGAUUUAUCCCAACAAGAAAAAAUUGUCAAAAGUGAAAAUGAGUUACUAGAUCAUUAUUCGCCUCAAACCCUGACUACCUCUAUAUAUGACGAAGCGGCCAUCAGUGAAAAAAUGAUAAGCAUGACCCAUAAAUUGCAAAAUGACUCCCUCAUUAUCAAUGCACUUACCACGGAUGAGAUAUCCAACAACGAUUAUCCUCAGUCGAAUGGACCUUUCUCCCCACGUAUAAAUCAGGGUAAAAGUAUUGAAGCUUCGAAAAAUACAUAUGACGAUCUUAAAAAGCUACAAGAUCAACCAUUAAGGUCUUCAACCCCAGUCUACUCAUCCCCGUAUAAUAUGAUGAUUUCGGAUUUAAUGCAUCCCGAUCAAUUUAUCCUAGCAUCAAGUUCAUCUUUUUCGAAAAUAAUAGAUUUUCCAAAAUCAAUUACUUCAAGUUCAUCCAGCAAUGAGAGUUCAUUCUCUAACUUAUUCUCCAUGCCCCAAUCUUUGAGAUGCGACGAAAUGUGUACUAUGAUGACAAAUAACAUCGAAAAUAAUUCAGAGCGAGAAAAUGGAACCAAUAUUAAAUUAAUCAAAUCGGAGAAUCCAUUAUUAUCUGAAGCGACCUUAAAUUGCAGGGUGGAUUCCUUUGACAACAUCCAGCAUUAUCUACAAAACAUGCAAACCCAGCAAUCUAUUAUUAACCACGCUCUCGAGGUCUUAAACCCUAACGAAGGUCCCAAUUGGAAUUAUUCAAAUAUUGAUCCCAAUAUUAACAUCAAAGCCUCACCACCCGUGGAUAAUAACGGUUCAAGGGAUAAUCAAAACGAAAGUAACCAUGUUAUCCCUCAUAAUAACUUCAGUCAUUUCAUAGAUUCCAAUGAUAACCCGAAUCAUCUUAACGCAAAUCUCAGCGUCCUACAACAAUACGAAAACAUGGAGAAUAGCAUAGCAGCGGGUGUAAACAACGUUAAUAACAACGCAAUGCACGCAUUGAAUGGUCCUUAUUGGCCACACCUAGGCCGCCAGGUUAUGUUGCGCGGCCAUCAUCCCCAUAACGCCGUGCCUAUUCCAUUGCUUAAUGAUCUGUUGAUGGCUGGGACUAAUCCGCUCACUCAAAAUAUACAUAACAUGCGCAUGAAUCACCCCAAUUUUAAUAUCGAAAACGUGAAUAACAUGUGUUACAAUAACACCGCCCCAUUUCCCACCAUGUCAUCUCCUAUCUCCUUCGCCAAUAAAAUGCGGCAAAAGUUUAGGCGGUCGCCCUCUCCUCCCAUUUUAAAUUCUCGUUCUCUUUCUCAGGUCCUUAACGUUUCUCACAGAAAUUCUGCCGAUAUUUGUAACAAUAACGAGAACAAGAUAAUCAGAUCUUUAUUAAGGCAAGACAUAUCAAGUGGUUAUACCUAUCCCUCUCUUCUCCAAACGAACGAUCAAAGCGACGCGUCUUACGUCAUGAACCAAUUUUAUUCUUCUUACAACUUAGCGAAUGCUAGCAAGGUGAAUAAUACCCGUAACAAAAGUCCUGGUAAACCUCUAACCGAGAAUCAUCAUACAGAUGUACAUAACGCUAAUUCCCUAGUGCAUCAUCAUCGAUCUUAUAAUCUCAAUCAAUCAUCUGAUGCCAAUAAUAAUGACAACCUAGAGCAAUAUUUGGGUAAAAAAUCCGAUUAUGAAAGGAAAAGUUCUAACUUUUCUUCUUCAAACUCCUCCCUCUGCCACGGCACUAAUUCACCAGUCCUUAAUAAAUCGUUCAUUGCCUAUGGCGGGAGUAUAACGGCGAGGUCCAGGGACCAGAGGAGGGCUGAAGCUUUGAAGAUUCCUUUCAGCAUAGACGAAAUAAUAUAUUCGCCCAUCGACGAGUUCACGGAUAUGCUUAGGAAACAUAACCUGACGGACCCUCAGAUAAGCUUGAUUAGGGAUAUCAGGAGACGCGGCAAGAAUAAGGUGGCGGCUCAGAACUGCCGGAAACGCAAGAUUGAUGGAAUAAUGAAUUUGGAAAAAGGUGUGGGUCAUCUUGUAAAUUCUAAAGCUAGCAUGAUGCAUGAAAGGGUUGAGGUGGAGAAAGAUAUUCAACACUAUAAAGAGAAGUACAACGAAUUGUAUUCACAAAUAUUAUCUUCGCUUAGAGACGACAACGGGCAACCUUAUUCGGAAAAUGAUUACAUGCUUCAAUUUUCAAUGGACGGUAAUUUAUUUUUGAUUCCCAGAAAUAACGUUCAGACAAUGACCCAAAAUUUAACAAAUCAUCACAAUGCCAACACACCUUAA